GGGGCUGCCCCGGUCUGGCCGCGCCGCCGGAAGGUGCGCCGAGGACCCAUGGCGGCGCUGGUGCGAGCCGUGAGCUGCCAGACGGGAGUAACUCAAUGGAUUGCAGCAUGCAGUGGAUUAUUACAGACAAGUGCAGUCCAAGGCCAGUGUAGACGGAUGCUCUAUGGCAUUUUCCAGAGACGCAAGGCUGGCCAGUUCCAACUGUCUAAAUCCUGUGGUGGAGUGAUUCAAGCCGAUGGAGCCAUUACACAACAAAACAGGUCGUUUUACAAUGCAAAUAAGCAUCUUUCUGCAAAAGAUUGCAUGCAGCCUUCUGAAGAGAAAGUGGGUGCUUUCACAAGGAUAAUAGAAGCAAUGGGUUUCACAGGACCACUGAAGUACAGCAGAUGGAAAAUUAAGGUAGCAGCUUUGCGCAUGUACACAUGCUGUGUGGAGAAAACUGACUACGAGGAAUUUUUUAACAGGUGCCAAAUGCCUGAUACUUUGAAUUCAUGGUUUCUAGUAGCCCAGCUUCAUGUCUGGAUGUGUCUGGUACGAAUGAAGCAGGAGGGUCGCACAGGAAAAUACAUGUGUCGCUAUAUAGUUCACUGCAUGUGGGAGGAUGUUGAACAGCGUGGUAAGGUGAUGGGGAUUAAUUCUGUUGUUCUAAAGGAAGAUUUGAGAAGUAUGGUAGAAAAUUUCUAUGCAGCUCUAUUUGGAUAUGAUGAGGGAAUUUUGUCUGAUGAUCAUGUCCUGGCAGCAGCUCUUUGGAGAAACCUUUUUAACAGGAACUGUGAGGACCCUCGGCAUCUGGAGUUACUCGUAGAGUAUGUGCGUAAACAGGUGCAGCACCUGGACGCGCUGAGCGGGGAGGACCUGCUGCUGACGGGCGAGGUGAGCUGGCGGCCACUCGUGGAGAGCAAUGCCCGCAGCAUCCUCAAGCCCCUUUCCCCUGUUUACAAUGAUGAAGGACUCUGAGGAUGCUGACGCCUGACAUUUCUAUCAAUUUGUCAGAUCAGCUUGGGAAGCAUGCCUGAAAUUGAACUGAGCUGAGGCUGUGGGGUCAGGAAGGAAAAUCUGCUGUUGAAAAGAAAAUAUUUAAUUAGACACGCUGUCUGUGGUGCCUCAGUAGCAAACUGGACAGCCAUACUCUUCUGAAUAUUCACCCGCAAAUAAAUGCUAGUUGGUUUGAGAACCUCUGGCCUUUUUAUGGCACUGAGUGAUCCUUGCUGGACAAAUUGAAGGACCUGCCUUCUGUCUUUAGGAAACCAGAUAUUUUACCAUGACUUAGAGUUAUCUCAAGAAGACAUUUCUGUCAUUUGCCUCAUUUGGAGAGCUGCUACAUGGAGACACAAUGGUGUUCCUCUGCUCACUGACUGGUUGUGAAUGCAAAUCUGAGCUUUGCAUAUUAGACGUUAAUGUAUUUUAAAAGGCUGAUAUCAAGAUGGAAUGGUCCAUUUUAGCUUUAGUGGAGUUAAGAAUUGCUUUAGCAGAUUUUUGAAGGGUUUUCUGUGAAAAUCCUUUUUAGGAGCUCUCUGCUCUGUUGCACAAGGAUGGGAUGAUGCAAAGAAUAAUGCACGGUCCCCAGUAAUCCUCUGUGACUCUAUCCAUCUUAAUGAGAAUAAAAUCCAAAACUUUCCUGGGCUGCCACUAAAAGCUGCCUCAGAGUAUUUGGUCUUUAGGUCUGCCUUGCUGAUAUUUCAUACUCUUUUUAGAGUUGUGGUCUAAGAAUUUCUCUAUGAAAAGAACAUCCCUCUUUCUGUCCAUGGCUCUUAAUGGGACAGGACUAUGCUAUCCUCCAUCCCCCAAAGCAGUGGUCCAGGGAUUUUUAACAAGACCUGUCAACCCCAGUGAAAACUUUACGUGGCUGUGCAGGCAAACACAUAUGCCAACAUAGUAAUUAUGGGAGCAAGAGCUCCACUGAUUAAAUCAGCUGAGGCUGAGGUAUACUGUGUAGGUGGAUGGUUCACCAGGCUAUUUCCAGGUCAGUGACAAGAACAGUUUUCAUUUCUCUCCUGUCUAAAAUCCUAGUCAACAAUAAAUGUUAGUCUGGGUAAAAUUGAUGUGUAUGCGUUUUCUGUGCCAUGUGUGCUUGUGAUAAAAAUAAGCCGUAUAAUAUCAGGACUUACUCCUAAUGAAACUAUUAAACAAAAGUCGAAGGUAGUAAUCCUUAAUUUGUGAAAUUAAUCCUUAAAUUGUGAAUCCUUAAUCUGGUGAAAGUGUGACUGUGCCUGGCUGUGACUAUUCUUGCUUUUGAAGUUGCUUUCUUCGUAUUGUGUGUUUUGGGGAAUAUUUGACAUCCCUUCUCUGUAUAAAGAGCAGUGGGAUGCAGAAUAUAGGCUCCCAAACACUGGCUUGCUUUUUUUUUUUUUUUUUUAAUCUUCUCUUAGGGAACCUUCUGUGUAUAAAAAAGGCAUUUUGUUGUUUUUUUUCCAAGGCGAACUUCCUCAGUUUAACUUGUUAUAAAAUGAGUCAUGUAAAGAAACCCUCUAUGUGUGAGGUGUAUCCCUUCUCUGUGAAAACAUUACAGACCAAACAACUUGCUUGCAGUUUAUUUAAGAUGCUUUUGUUGAAAGCUGAGCUAAGCAGAGAAACCUCUUAUGUGUGAAGUAUUAUACAGUGUGUGUGAGAUAAUAACACCUUGUAAUUCAUUACAGCUGGGUUGUAUUUACAUAAAAGAAGGCUGAGCUGUGUAGGAAUUUGCUGAUUAAUUUAUUUUUAAUGAGAGUGAAGUAUACCAAGUACCAAAAUAAACUUUACUUUGUGUAUCUUACUGCUCCUGAAA